GGCGUUUAGACACAGUACCGCGAUACAUGUCAAAUUUGAGAAUCCCUGCGUGACGUCAGGCCUUGGUUACCCCGGGGUAUCAUGCUUAGCAACGACAUGGUGAUCGUGUGGAUGCGGGAUGGCCGGGGAGGCUGUGGAAGAUGGAUAGUCCCCAUUUUUCUGACCUAGGACCUGCUCGGAGUCUUAGGAACCGGCCUCCGAGGUGAUUGUGAUGAAAGCAUUGUAACAGCAGAUGGCGUCAUAGUGUAUCAUGGUUACCAUGGCGACUGGAAUUCAGACCCGCACAUUCGAGAAUCAUUCCUAAAGGGCAGAGUAGGAACCCUGACCUCUGUAUUUCUGCUCAGCUUAUGCUGUCUUGGUUUUCAGACUCCAAACUCAGACUGGAAAGAACGGCUUCAGUUUAUGGUUGACCCCACCCCUCAAAUGCAGAUGUGCCUGCUAGAGAAUGUGCAGAUGUUCUACAUAAUUUUCAUCCAGCAAGAUGGCGGGAGUGAAGCUCUGUGAACCAACUGAACUGUAUAACAUACUGAACCAGGCAGUGAAGCAUUCCAGGUUGACAGAGCCAAACUAUUUAUGUUUGUUGGAUGCUCGUACUAAGCGGGAGUACUACGCAAGUCACCUGAUAACAGCCAUAAAAGUGAAACAGAACCUGUUGGGCAAAUACACACUUCCGCAUUCCGUUGAGUUGGAGUGUGUCCGAUACUGUGUGGUGUAUGAUGGCAAUACAGAUACGUUGGAAGCUGCUUUUGACAUGGAUUAUGACUUACCAGAACUGGAUGAAGAACUACAAGACUGCGAAGGAGAUCCCGAAACCUUGAUAGAAAAACGCAGAUUGUCGCCUAAAUUUAAUGCCAAAAGCGGAUCUGCCGCACGCUGUGCCAGAGUCUUGCAGCGGUUUACCCGCUUCCCUGUGUGGGUCCUGAGAGGCGGGUAUGAGCGCUUCACCGCCUGUUAUCAUUUCUUGAAAACGGAGAAGGUAUCCUGGAUGCCUCGGGAGCUAGAGGAGAUCCUGCCUUAUCCCGUUGAGAUCGUUCCGAGUAAGGUUUACAUGGGAGACUACAUACAAGCCUGUAAUCGGCAGAUGCAGAAGGAUCUGAGAAUCGUGGCCCACGUCAAUGUUUCCGGGAAGAUGGACAUACUCUUCCCAGAAGAUAGUGAGAACAUCCUUAAUGUACCCAUUCCAGAUUCUCCAGAGGGGAAUAUGCUCCCAUACUUUGGUAAAAUUAGCCACUUCAUCGAUCGUCGUGCGCGUCAUGGAGGUGUCCUGGUUUUCUCUGAGUUAGGAAUAAGCCGGUGCAGCGCUGCAAUAUUGGCCUAUCUUAUCCAUUCGCACAACCUUAACUUAAAGAAUGCUUGGAGCUGCCUCCAGAAGUGCAAAAUGAACAUGCGGCCAAACCGGGCACUUGUGCAACAGCUGUCAGCGUGGGAAUCCAAGUUGUUCAUGACAAAAAUCACGAAUAUCUCUGAGCCAUUUUACUGACCAAAGGCAGCUGGCAAAGAAGGGUUCCAGAAUACUGAUUGUAGGAACAAUUGUCUUGUGUCUGUGUGUGUGUAUGGGAGGGGUGCUUUUAGGAAUUUUUAAAAAAAUCUCUUUACAGUCGUUUUUAUGAUUUUAUCAUGAAUCAUUUUGAAUCUGUGCUGGAGGCAGUAUUAAGGUUGAGUUUUACGGAGGAAUAAAUGGGUGAGCUUGGAUCCAGACUAAAUUUUUCCGUCGAUGGAAGGCUCCUCUGCCAAUGGGAUUAAAGUUUGAAACUCCGCCCCCCUCAAAAAAAACCUUGCUCCUGAGGGACAGGGAACCAUUUUGCAGAGCUCACAGGGCUACAGUGGAACUGAGGAGGCAGAAAAUGUCCAUUCCGUUGGCAGACGUCCCUGACUUGAGCGGAAACCAAAGUUUGGCUCCACCAAUGAGAUUUUAUCUUGAUCACGAUUACGAGCGGGAGGUGGCUUGGCCCUCUGCCACUGGCCAGAGGGUCAAGGGACAUUGAGUAGCUGCAGCCAACUUCAGAUCCAGCAGGGAGAGAUCUUCUUAGCUUCCUGCUCAAACUGAUCUCAUUCUAUGUCCUUUUCCAUCUUGCCUUUCAUUAUAGCCUGAUCAUAAGGGCCUGUGUCAUUUCUUUGCGGCAUUCCAAAUUUUAAAUGGCAUAAACCACUUGGGGAGAGGUUUUUCAUUGGAAUCAAAAUCCAUCCAUCCGUUGUGCAACUUGUUGAAAAAUAUCUAAUAAAUGAUGUUGUUUUGAGAGCAUGGACAACUCCGAGCAGGCA